GGAUGUGCACUCAGUGACUGAAAGAGCGUGUUGUAGAAGUGCAAGAGGAGGAGAACGUUAUGGGCGGAGGAGGAGAGCGCAGAGAACAGAGUGCAGAAAGCAGAGAGCAGAGGAGCGGCAAAGAGCGCUCAGGCGAAAAGCAAAAAAACCUGACCCGAGCGCGGUUUUAGCGCACGCUUCAGCCGCAGGCCAUAGCUAACUGCAACGCAGUCGGCAAAAAGUCGCCAAGUGGAAGAGAAGGCAUGCAGGAGAGUGUAGUGGGGCUGCAAUCAUCAUAAUAACCAACCUCAAAGUCGAAAUCCAAAAGUGGGACUGUCAUCGAACUGAAAAAAUCCGACAAUAAGAAAAGGGGUCAAUUCACGUGUUCGAGAGCGAUGCGAUGGCGAAUGCUGCUGUGACCAUAGUCAUGGACAACCAAAAAUGGCCCAGAAGCGUGCCGCGUUCACCGGCUGCGAGUCAACAAACAAAUACAUCCACACCCCUCGCUUUCAACGCAGGCAACCCCCCUUACUGCAGCCAGUGAAGGCAGGCACAAAGAGAAGCGCAAAAGUAUAGAUGUUGUGUGCAUGUGCCCAUCUUUUCACCAGCUCUAGAUCUAUUUUGAUGACGCGAAUCGUUGCCAGUCCCUUUUGUUUGUUUCUCAAUUUUUGAAACAAUGUCCGAAACCUCAACCGAGAUGCUGGUUGCCUCUACCGAGAUUCCGGUGGCCCCGACCCAGAGUAUGGCUGCGGUUCUAGAAGACAUUCCGUGCACCGCCCCACUGGACUUUGUGUUGCCUGUUGUGCCCUAUCAGCUAAAUGCUUUGCUGGAUCAGUUAACGCCUGGUGCGUUGGGUUUCGACCCCAUUCAAUUCGCUCGAGGUAUCAAAGUGCGCACCGACAACCUGACACAAACGGAGUGUUUGCAGCUCAAACACGGCUCUGCCUUUGUUUUCCCCAAUGGAGGCAAAAACACCAAAGGACUUGGCGUGGACGUCAAGAGGUGGCGCGACGGGAACCGGUACAAGAAAGCGCACAAUACCGCGACCAACAUUCCGACCAUCAAAGCCAUGGUCUAUCCUCCGUUUUACCUCGGAGGGUUGUACAAGACCCUGUACCAGAUCGACGAUCAACGAGUGCUUGUGCUCUACACCAAGGGGUCCCCGGCUGCCUCCGGCCGCAAGCCUGCGACUCGCACCUCGCCCAAGGCCGGCAAAUCUCAGUCUCUGCGCAAGUCAAGCGCCGCUCCCGCACACCCUCUGACUCCGUCCUCGUCCUCAGAAUCAUCAAGCUCGGACUUGGACUCGGACUCGGUGACAACCGUUGAUGCCCCGCGCAUUGUUGGGUCGGACAUCCACUCUUUCCCGAGCCCCUCCUCUUCGGAAGAGCUGAAUGUCGGCGCGGCCUCUGCACGUCUCGCUCGUGCAGACAAUGCCCAUCAUGACCAGAGUCUUGGACUGGGAAUGGAUUUUGCGAACUUUCCGAACGCAGUGCUCCGCAGCCUUCCUCAAGCUGGUGACAUUGGCAUGCCCGACUUCUUGAAUAACGUCCCCAGCACCGCAUCGACCAUUCGUUAUGAUGUGGGUGCUGAAGCCGGAAAUGACAGGACUGCUGAUUGGGUCCAGUUGAGCUCGCAAGACCGCGCCGAGGUCCUUGCGGACGACAUGGAUGAUGCCCCUCUGAGAAAAAUGUUUUCCGAUGAGGAGCUCCUUAUGCUCAAUAUUGAAGGCGAUUGGUAAUAACCAGCGCCGCGCCGUGGUUG